CCGCCUGCGUGACUACCUACCAUACUUCACACACCAUCUGUCUCGGUCUCGUUGUACUGCUGCGCCACGUUGCGCCAUGAUGCUGUAAUCGAAUCGCACGCCACGCUCACGUCACACGACCGCCAUGCCAUCACCAUCGUCGUCCCGACACCUCGGCAUCGACAAGCUCGACUACACCAGCCCACGCCGACCGCUGCUCGCAUCCGACGCGUCGAGCACCUCGCCCAGCAACGAUAACAGCUACGCCGGCAGCUUCUUCGAGCAGGUGGCCGAGGGCGUCAUGGAGCGCGACCGCGAGCGGCUGCAGCGCGUCGUUGUGCGCUGGCUGAGCUUCGCCUGGGCCAUUGUCAACUGCCUCUGCGCCGGCAGCAUCACUGCCUUCUCGCUUUACGGCCCGCUGUUCCAGCGCCGCCUACACUACUCCCAAUUCCAGGUCAAUGCCGUCAGCAUCGUCGCCGAGCUGGGCAUGUACCUGCCCGUGCCGCUGUUCGGAUACCUGUGCGACCGCCUGGGGCCGGGCGCUCCAUCGGCGCUGUCGGGCGUCUUCUUCGGCUUUGGAUAUCUGAUUGCGGCGUUUGCAUAUAAGAGCGGGCCGCCGCCGUCCGCCGGGGGGGAUGGUUGGCCGUUCGGCGUCAUGGUGCUGGCGUUCGUCGCCGUGGGCAUGGGUACGAGCUGCAUGUACUUAUCCGCGGUGACGACGUGCGCGAAGAACUUCGGCCGCGGCAACGCAAAGGGCAUCGCGCUGGCAGUGCCCAUUGCCGCUUUUGGUCUGAGUGGCAUGUGGCAGAGCCAGGUCGCUGCGCGCGUGCUGUACGAGCCGCUCCCCGACGGCUCCCGCGGUGACGUCGAUGUCUUCCGUUUCUUCCUAUUCCUCGGCGGCCUGCUGCUUGCUGUAGGCCUCGUCGGCACCUUCACCCUGCGCAUCAUCGACGAGGAGGAGCUGAUCGACGGUGCUGUCGAUGAGCUCGAGCGCUCCGGCCUGCUAGCUCACGACGAGUUCUUCACCGCUGCUGCCCACAACCACGGCUACGGUACCCUGCCGACGCAGGACCUCUCCGACUCGACCUUCGAUUUCCUGCAGUCUGAGGCCGCAGCCCUCAAAGCGCGCCACGAAGAAGAAGCGCGCAAGAAGACAUGGCUCCUCAACGAGGAAACCCGCCGCUACAUUCUCGACCCGACCAUGUGGUGGCUCGCGGCCGGCUUCUUCCUUGUCACCGGCCCCGGCGAGGCCUUCAUCAACAACCUCGGCACUAUCAUAAACACCCUGACUCCGCCGCGCGUCGACACCACUACCACCCCCGCAACCCACGUAUCUAUCGUCGCCCUCACCUCGACCGCCGCGCGCCUCCUCACCGGCACCCUCAGCGACUUCCUCGCCCCCACCGCCACAAACGCACACCUCCAAGGCCCCGACAGCCUCGCCAACAGCGUCUCCUCCCUGCCUCCCCGCCGCCGCACCGUCUCCCGCAUCUCCUUCCUGCUCACCUUCGCCCUGCUGCUCUCGCUGGGCCAGAUCCUGCUCGCCUCUGGGCUGUGCCAGAACCACCCCUCGCGCUUCGCCAUCAUCUCAUCGCUGAUUGGCGCCGGCUACGGCGCCGUCUUCAGCCUGACUCCGAUCGUGGUCAGUGUUGUGUGGGGCGUUGAGAACUUCGGCACCAACUGGGGGAUCCUGGCGAUGACGCCGGCGGCGGGCGCGACGCUGUGGGGCGCCGUGUAUGCGUGGGUGUAUCAGCGCGGGGCGGAUGGGAUGGGCGUUGGCGAGAGGGAUGCGGGGGAUGUGUUGUGUUACGGGUCGAAGUGCUACGCGCCCACGUUUUGGGCGAUGGCCGGGUCGGUGUGGGUCGCGGUAGGGUUGUGGGUGUAUGCAUGGAGAGGACCUGGGGGGUGGAAGAGGAGGGGGGUUGCCGUGUGAAACCCUUGUUGAGCAUGUGCGAGUCUCCUUCUCUGAACGUGUACGCGUUUCGGUAUCUUCUCUUUUCCUUCCCUGCAUGGUUUGGCUGCACAGCGUGUUUUUGCAUUGCAUCUACCUGGCUUAGCAUUGGGUUUGCAUAAGCGCCUUGAACUGUGUAGAUAGCGGCGCUUGGAUAUUUGGCUGCAUUGCUUGUUCACUGAGUACAUUAUAUUAGCACUACGUAUUCCCUAUACUACACUGCCACACU